AUGAAGCUGUUAUUCCUGUUUGGUGCUACUUUUGUCAAGAUUCUCGCGGCGAGCCGAUUGUGCGAUCAAGAUGAUGGUCCUAGUCUCACGGUAGGGACCCUGACUGGAACGUACACUGGCCUACAGAAUUCAGAAUAUCCGGGUGUCAGAGAAUUUCGAAACAUCCCGUAUGCUGAGCCUCCUGUUGGCAAGCUCCGAUGGAAACCUCCCGUGCCUCUCCAUCCUUCACAGAGCCAUCACCACUCUUACAGAUUUCCACCUUCAUGUCCUCAAUAUUUGACCUCUCACUUAUCAUUAUGGAAUGCCAAUAUUACCGACUUCUCUAUACCUACAGGCGAUCAAAGUCACUAUGCGGGAGAAAUGGCACAGACCACAGCCGAGGAUUGUUUGAGCUUGGCAAUUUGGACCCCUAUUAAUGCCACGUCGAAAGAUAAGCUUCCUGUGGGCUUAUUUCUGCCAGGCGGUAGUUUUAGAGCCGGAUGGGUCAACCGUAGCCAAAAGCACAUCAUUGUUACCAUGAACUACAGGGUUAACAUAUUUGGGUUUCCAAAUUCCGCUGGACUCGAAGAUAACGAUCUCGGUAUUUUAGAUCAGAGACUUGCGCUAGAAUGGGUGUAUGCGAACAUUGAAGCCUUUGGUGGUGACUCAAGCCGUAUCACAGUAUGGGAUCAUUCAGCCGGCGGAGUAUCAGCAGACGUUUUAAACUUCGCAUUUCACGAUGACCUGCUGGCUGCCGGCUUUUUCUUGAUGUCUGGAGCAGCGAUGCGUACUUUUGCACAGGGCGAUAACGCACUACAAACAAACUUUACAUACGUUUCCAAGGAACUUGGCGUCCCAGUAAAUUUAAUUACGAACCUUAUUGGACAUCAUGGGGAUGAAAAGAAGAAGCCAUCUUUGUUCUUUCGACCUAGUGUUGACAACAAAAUCAUAUUCCAGAACUAUAUAGAAAGGGCCGAGAAAGGUCUCAUAUCGAAAGUCCCAGCACUCAUUAGCGACACAUCGAAUGAGCAAUCAAGUCUUAUUGCCUACCCUAUUGAUAACUUAACUCAAGGUCCUAAUAAGACAGAAGUCGACAGAGGAACAUUGAACGACUUUAUUUGCCCAGCAUUUAACUCUUCAAACGUUAGGGAAUUUAAUAACCUCACUACAUAUCGUUAUCAAUACGCUGGGAACUACUCAAACUUAACUCCUUUUUCUUGGAUGGGAGCUUAUCAUGGAGCCCAUUUACCCAUGAUAUUUGGAAGUUAUAACCUCACAGGCGGAGCCACAGACUUUCAAAAACAGGUGGCAGAGACGAUGCAGGACUAUGUAUUAGCUUUCUUGGAGGAUCCAAAGGAUGGGUUGAAGUCUCUCACAUGGUUACCAGGCAGUUCUAGAUCCGGGGUUGAUAGUUCAAUAGUGAGGUUUAGAGCAGGUGACGUCGUCGUCCAAAGUAUUAACGCCUCAGACGUGGACGUUGCAUGUUUGGGGAGAGGACAUUAUAACUCACAUCCAUAG